CCAUUUCUCUCUUGCUUCAUCAUCAACAAAGAGAAUACCAGAAAAAGUAAAAAAGGAAACAAAGAAGGAAGACUCCCAAGAUGUCUCUUACAAUCCCAACUAAUCUCUCAAAAUCGCUCCUGAAGCCAAAGCUGAAGUCCCAAGUUACCCCCAAGUUUUCAUCAAGAUCAUUGAUCGUAUGCUCCUCCGACAAAUCGGCUUCCUCUCAAGCCUUCUCAGCCGCUCUCGCUCUUUCUUCCAUUCUUCUUUCGGCUCCACUCCCUGCUGUAGCAGACAUUUCGGGGCUCACUCCAUGCAAGGAGUCCAAGCAAUUCGCCAAGCGCGAGAAGCAGCAGAUCAAGAAGCUGGAGUCGUCGUUGAAGCUUUACGCCCCCGACAGCGCACCGGCUCUCGCCAUCAAAGCAACCAUCGAGAAAACCAAGAGACGGUUCGACAACUACGGCAAGUACGGCCUACUUUGCGGCUCCGAUGGGUUGCCUCAUUUGAUUGUGAGCGGCGACCAGAGGCACUGGGGUGAGUUCAUCACUCCCGGACUGUUGUUCUUGUACAUCGCUGGAUGGAUCGGGUGGGUAGGAAGAAGCUAUCUCAUUGCUAUAAGCGAUGAAAAGAAGCCAGCCAUGAAGGAGAUCAUCAUCGAUGUGCCUUUGGCUACCAGCCUCAUCUUCAGAGGCUUUAUUUGGCCUGUCGCUGCCUACAGAGAGCUCGUCAAUGGUGACCUUGUUGUCAAGGACGUCUAAUCUCCCCAGAUUGAAUGGGACAACGACUAGGAUGGGAAGGAAGAUGGAAGCCCUUUAAACUGAAUAUUUAUGGAAAAAUAGGCGUCUUGGGAAAAUUCUUGUACGCAUAUAUCUGUGUGUUUUAAGUUUUUUUGCAAUCUUUAUGUAAUGCUAAUGCUAAACAUUUGGUUUUCUUUCCAUGUCUGUCUUUAUUGUC